AUGGGUGAAGAAGAGCGGCAUGAACGUCGCUCAAUGGUCGGAGUUCCACCGACUGUCAGAAAACCGCCAACAAGUGCAAGAUCAAGUCGUACCCCGCGAGCGUCCGCCUCAAGGCAGGGUGGGAAGCGAAAACGGGAGGAUGAGUCGGAAGAAGAGCAUGAAAGCGGUAGCGAGCGACAAGAUAGCGAGAUGGGAGACGUUGAGGAGGAAUCAGGCGCCGAUGAGACUACUGGAACUGAGACUCCUGGAAAAACGAAGAAGAAGGCACGACGACGUGUUCAUUUGACGGAUUAUUCUACGAAGAGAAAGCAACGGGAGAAAGAGAAGGAAAAAUUGAAGAAAUCUGGACAUUUCGAAGAGCCAAGUACACCAGCAUCUUUAGAGCAUGAGGAGAAAAAGCCUACACCACAACCAGAAACGCCUGAACCAGUAAUUAAGACACCACAAGUGAAGAAGUGA